AUGGCAAGCAAUAAAAGAAAAAUACAAAUUUUGGAAAAUAGAGUAAUUCGCCCUGCAGUUAUUGACAGUGAUAGUGACAGCAGUGAAGAAAUAUUUUCCACUAAGAAAACUAAAAAGGAUUUGGAAACAAAUGUGCACGGAAAACAAAGCACAAGCGAAUGUAAAAAUAAACCUACACCACAGACAUCAAAAGGAUUGUCUUCGCCUAGCUCAUCGUCAUUGGAACGAUUUAGUAUGUAUAGCUCAAGAGGAUGCAGUCCUUCGCUAAACAAUAUAUCAGCUUCUAAGCUUAUGCACGGCAUCAAAAUAGAUGAAAGCGAAUAUCAUGACUUGAUAAAUCUAAGAAACGAUAAUAAAAAGAUAAAAAAGAAAAAUGAAAUAGAAAGGAAAGAUCCAAAGACAAAACUUACAUUCACUUAUUCUUUUGAAGACAGUAUGUCGCAAGGGUUAACUGAAAGUAAUGAAAAUUGUGUUUUUUAUGACGAAGAACGUAAUAAACAGUUUGAAGAAAAUGAAAGACAGAAAGAAACACUUAAUGACGAAGCAGAGAGAGAGAAAGAAACAGAAAAUGUUGAUGUAGAAGAUGUAGAAGAGAGAGAGGAAGAAACAGGAAAUGCUGAAGAGGAAGAUGAAGAUGCAGAGAGAGAGGAAGAAACGGAAAAUACUGAGGAGGAAGAUGAAGAGCAGGAAAGUGGUGACACAGGCGAUGAUGAGAGUGAUGAAUAUUCUGCAAGUGAAGUUGUAUCGGAUAUAGAUAAUGAUGUUUCAGAGGAAGAGGAAGAUGCACAGGAUAAUAGUGUCAAUGAAUGGGAUGCUGUCACAGAUUUGACACCUGAGUUGGAUGCGUGUACUUUAAAUGAAAGCACUUUUAAUAUUCCUAUAGAAGAUAUAUCUCCUGCAGGUAUUUUUUCCUUAUUUGUAACUGAUGAAAUAAUAGAUAAAAUGGUUACAGAAACUAAUAAAUAUGCGUUAAAACACAUCGCAGAAAAGCAAAAUAAUAACGAAAUAAAAACAAAAUCUCGGUUAUUAUCAUGGAAAGCUACGAAUAAUAUAGAAAUGCGGAAGUUUCUAGGGGUACUACUCGCAAUGGGUCUGAACAAAGUGUCUCAUAUAAAUGACUAUUGGUCAAAAAAAUCAAUAUAUCGAAACGAAUAUAUUGUAUCUGUAAUGACUCGGGAUAGAUUUCUGCUAUUACUGAAAUUCUGGCAUUUUUGUGAUGAUUCGUCAGCCAUCCACAAUACAAAUAAGUUGAAGAAAAUUCAUGAUUUGGCUAAUAUGCUCAACAGCAGAUUCCAAGAAGUAUUAACGCCAGGGCUGGAGAACAAAUGUCGUGUAGUAAUUGCAGACAAUUUCUACUCUUCAAUUGAAUUGGCGGAAGAACUCUUAUCUCAAAAAACCCGUUAUUGCGGUACCCUAAAUUCGAAGCGAAGGGGGCUACCUAAGGAGAUAGUGUUACUAAAGUUGAAGAAGGGUGAAAUCAAAGGAGCUAUGAAUAAAAAUGGCGUUAAAGUUAUUAAAUGGGUUGACAAAAGGCAACUUCUAAUGAUAUCUACUCUCAAAGAGGACAAAGAUGUGCUUGUCAACACUGGCAAAAAAAAUAGGAAGACGAAUGAAGAUAUAAAAAAGCCUACAUGUGUCUUAACGUAUAAUAACAACAAAAAAGGAGUUGACUUCAGCGACCAAAUGUCUUCAUACUAUUCUACAUUAAAAAGAGGGCUCAAAUGGUUCAGAAAAGUGGGUAUGGAAUAUUUGUUAGGCAUGGCGUUAGUAAACGCGUGGAUCACAUACAACGUGAAAUGUGAUAAGAAGGUUUCAAAAAAAGAAUUUACAGAGGCAUUAAUGCAAUCAUUAACUGGAAAAAGUAUAUGCGCUGAUAGUAAGUAUAAUGACGUGUAA